AACAACGCCUCACUCCAGACAAAGAACAAGGUCCCGCGCUGGUAAGGUAAAUGCAGAUGGGCAGGCCAGGCCUCCUGCCCAGGUUGCGGGAGACAGUAGUGUGUACCAGGCACGCCCCACCCCGUGCGCCACAGCGGAACUGCAGUCCAGGAGAGAGCAGCUUCCGUCAGCAACAGAGAGCCGGAAGUGAGUGGCAGCUCUCGGCCCAAGAUGGCGGACGUCCACCGUGAGCUGCAGGAGUACCUGGCGCAGGGGAAAGCGGGCGGACGAGCGGACACAGAGCCGCUGCUCGUCCCGGAAAAGGCGGAGGAAACCGAGGCGGGAGACAGGACAGCGGUGGCGUGGCUGGGCCUGCGCUGGAAGUCGGCGCGAAGCUCCGCGGGGCCGGAGGCGGGCACGGCAUGCCUGCCGAAUGUGACGCGGACGCAGAGGCUUGCGGCGAGCGGCAUAUGUCUGCUGCUGGCCACGCUCUGCUUCGGCCUGGCCGCGCUCUACGCGCCCGCGUUGCUGCUGCACGCCCGCAAGUUCGGAAUACUCUGGUCCCUGGGCUCCGCUUUAGCGUUGGCUGGAGGAACGAUCCUGCGGGGCAACGCAGCGUACACAGGUCUGCUCCGCUGCGAGGAGGCGCCGUCGCGGGCUGCGCUGCUCUACGUGGCUGCGCUGGGCGCUACGCUGUACGCGGCGCUGGCCUUACGCAGUACGUUGCUCACGGCGCUGGGCGCCUGCGCACAGGUGGCCGCACUGUUAGCUGCCUUGAUUGAGUUGCUUCCUCGAGGCGCCAGCGCCGCGCUUCGGUUAGUACUGGGACGGACGGGCCUCGGCGCCGGUCUCUCCAAGGUGCUGCCCGUAUGAGAACCCUAGGACGGGCAAGGGUGAGAAAUCUUGGCGCCAGCGCCCCGAGCCAAGGACAGCAGCUACUGGCUCCCAGAGGGCGCAGGCAAAGACCGCCUUCACCAUGCCAGCUAAUCUGCAGACUCGGAGCGGCUGCUUAUAACAGAUACAAGCCGUUUCAGAAGAUCCUCAAUUUCAACUUAUUCUCCUACAGUCGGUAGCUUGUGCUCUGAAAACGAGAUUUGGUCGAGUUGGUGAUGUGCUGUGAAACAUUUACGAAGAAUUGCUUUUGCAUUAAUCAUGGUUAAUGUAAGACCACAGUAAAUGUAAGCUCACAGUACUUUAAAAAAAAAAAAAAAGUCCCCUAAUUAGCUGUCCUUGUGACUUUUCUUAGAUUUCUCUUUUACCUUAUCUUAAAAAUCCAGUGGUAGGUUGUAGUUUAGCUAGAUAAGCUUGUUUUUUGGCUGUUGAAAAUUUUCUCUUCAAUGUGAGUGGAUCCAUAAUAUUAUCGGUUUAAACAUGAAAUUUAGCCACCUGAUUUUUUAGAAGUACUUUGGUUAAGAGGCUUUACCUUUUUUUUCUUUUGACGAAGUUGUAAAUAUGGUGCCUUAUAAAGUUAAGAGGAAAAUUGUACUAAUAACGAAAAGGAUGGACCUAAAAAUCUUUAUUGACAGUAAAAGCAAGUGAUGGGCCUUAAAAGGACAUAUUCUGCUCCAAGAACCGCGGUACCUCGUAAGGUGCUGAAAGAUUCUUGGGCAGAACUGGGGUGAGGGACCCCUGGGAGAAAGAAUUCUACAUCUAGAGUUCCCAUGUUUGGUGGAAAUCGUGGUCUAAUCAACAUUCUGAAUUUUACCAUCUGCUUUUUAAACUUUUACAUCGUAAGCCAAUCCUAAUACAAUGUGAGAUGCUUUUCAAAUCUAAUUGCCAAAUUUCCUUCUUUUAGAUUCAGCAAUUACAUGACUAUUGCACAUCUUAAUUUAUUUCCAGAAAGUAUGGGCUGAAUAUUCUGAUGUGUCCAUAAAACUGUGUUGUUGUCACUAAUUAUAUGUAACUAGAAUGUAAAAUGUGUUUAGAAUUUUAAAAUUCUAUUUCAGUUCUGUUUACAUCAAAAUUUCUUGCAGAGCCAAACCUCAAAUUUGUUCAAUCAUCCAUUUUCAACUAAGCUUAAGAACAUCUUUUCUGUAAUUGGAGUGCACAAUUUGAAAAUUGUUUUCUGGGGUUGGAUUCCAGUGUUGCCUAAAUAGGUACGUCAGGCAGCGGUAGAGCACUGCCUCUUCAACCAACCUCAAAAUUUAUAUUCUUAGGUCCUAAUGGGUGUCCCUGCCACAAGAAAUGACACUACUACAGUGACCAACAUCCACAGGAGGCUUACAGGCUACUUCGUGCACCCACCACCCACAGUGUUAAGAAUACUGCCUUCGGUAUGUGAGGGAGAUCUAGCUGCGGCAUCUGUCACUCCAUUGAUGGCCAGGGUUAAUUUGGCUCAAUCUGGCUGGCUAGUCGGGCAUCCCCAUCCUCCCUCAUCCAUCCAUGUGUGACCCUCCCAAAGCUGCACACUCGGUGGAAGAGGACGACCUUCCCAAUUAGAGGAGAGGACCGUUUUCGGUCAAGGAUGUAUGAGUAGCUGCACUCCCCUGCUAGAAUCUCCAAACAAGCUUUCAAGGAUACUGCCUUCCUGGAGGAGUAAAUAGGGUUACUGCCCUCAAAAUGAAAAACCAAGAGGGCGUUUGUAGAAGCAAAUGCAAUUUUCAGGGAGUGACUUAUUUAACUCUAAUGUCUUAUGCAAUUGGCUGCCCUUUCUACCCCCUAGUUAUAUCUCUAAAUCUAAAUUUCUUUACAGUUUUCACAACUUAAGAUUUUACUAUGUUUAGCACAUUUUUAUGUUGAUGUUACUUCUAAAAAUUGUGUUCCCAACAUUUUCUCAGGAAUUCAACACUGAAAAUCUAGCUUUCAUAAAAUUCAAAGCACAAUAUAUUUUUACAGUGUUUUAAAAUGUGUAUUUCCUAAGUAUUUCAUAUAGUGUAGAGAUUUCACUUUUUUCUAACGAAUUCAUACUCAAAAUGUGAUCUAGUUAUCUGCUUACUGAAGUACUGUGUUUUAAAGUUAAACCCUAAAAUGUUAAGAUGAUGAAGUUUCUUACCACAUGAAUCUCAAAAGGGAGUCUGAUUUUGAUCAGGGUUUGGUCUCUGAAUCCCUUUUCAGCUUCAGAAUUAAUGACAACUUCUUUUUAAGAUAUACCAGUGGAGGACUAAUAAAGAAUAUCCACAAACCUAAAGCAAUCUUGAACAUCCUAUUUGUGUUUAUAGUGAGGAGCUAGUAAGUUGUUUUUAAUUUCCAAGUAAAGUAAAAAUUAUUCACUUACCGUUUAUAGGUUCUAAUACCCGAAAAGCAUCAUGAUUGCUUUUCUAUCUGCAGAAAUAACUUAGCUUUUACCAUUUUUACAUUAGUAGAGAGCCAGAUUUUUACAUACUGUCCAACUAUCCCUUAGAAAAGGGAUUUUCUUAAGCAACUACUGGAACUUGCAGCGCUAAGUGUGCCAAGCAAACUUGUCUCUAAUGCCAAACUGAGGCUGGCAGUACUAGGGACACUAUGGACUUGCCAUUGAAUAAAAAAAAUCUUUCUUCCUAUAAAAACAAAGUAAGGGUCAGUAU